AAGUGCUGACUGCGGGUGGGAGUCAGAGGGACUAGCAGUCCGCCUCAGGCUAGCCCCAGAGCUCUCUAUUCUGCCCUUGGCCUCGACGGAACCAGGGGAGGGUGAAGACUCGAGGGCACCGGGGUGGGAAGGAGGUGCGCCUCGACAGGCUUAGCCUUGGCAGCAGCUGGGUGGAGUUCCAGAGCGAGGACCCCGUCAGGGGCACCCCGGGGCACCCCGUAGGCUUCCCCCGACGCCUCGUGGGCGUUUUCAACCUUGAGGGAAGAAGGCGACCCCUCCCAUCAUGGAGUCCGGCGCGCUCAGCAGCGGCUGCCCUCAGAGUGCGCCCACCGGGCCCCAGGGGCUGUUGGACGGCAGUGUCAGCGAGUCCACCCCGCUCUCGCUCCUGCCCGACAGCUCAACUGACCUCAAGCUGGCCCUCACCACGGUCAGUAGCGAUCUCGAGGAGAAGAACUCCUCCCUGAGGGGCCUCUUGAUCUUCGGCUACCUGGCCGUCAUCAUCGUCUCCCUCGUCGGCAAUUUUCUGGUGUGCAAAGUGAUCAUGAAGCGCAAGCGGGUCCACUCGGCCACCGGGCUCUUUAUCGUCAACCUAGCCGGGGCCAACGUCCUGAUUACUGUGCUCCACACUCCUUUCACCUUGGUGAAUUUCAUCAGCAGCACUUGGGUCUUCGGGUAUAUGAUGUGCCAACUCAGUCGUUUUGUGCAUCACUGCUCUGUCAGCGUUUCUGUGCUGACACUUGGAGCCGUAGCGCUGGACCGACACCAGGUCACCAUGCAUCCUCUGAAGGCCCGGAUGAGCACCAUGAAGGGCGGUCUCUACAUCAUCGUCAUCUGGAUCAUGGCCAGCUGUUUCUCCCUACCACAUGCUCUGUACCAGAGGCUGCCGCAGUUUGCUACGAAUGAAACCGACCACGUGAUCUGCAUCCCCAAGUUCUCCAACACUUUGGAUGUCGUCAGGAAGUACCUGGACCUGGGAACCUUCCUGCUCUUGUACUUCGUGCCCCUGGUGAUGAUCUUGGCCAUCUACUCCUUAAUGGCCAAGAAGCUGUGGCUGCGGAAUGCCAUCCGAGAUACAGCAACCGAGCACUCCAUCACGCGCCAGCAGAAGAAGAGAAUGACCCUGAAGAUGCUGGCUAUGGUGGUGAUUGUCUUUACCAUCUGCUGGUUGCCCCUCAAUUCCUACGAGGUGCUCCUGUCUAGCAGGGCCAUCUAUAGCCAUGACGCCCUCUACUUUGCCUUCCACUGGUUUGCCAUGAGUAGCACAUGCUAUAACCCCUUUAUCUAUUUUUGGCUCAACAAAAGCUUCCGCAAUGAGCUUAAGAUUGUCCUGCGUUCUUGGUGGAGGAAGGUGAUGAGACGUAACCAGAGGCAGCCCCCCACCCCUUUCCGACGCAUUUGGAGGGAAUCCUACCCCUUCUGGGAGUCCAAUUUAAGCGCUAUGCCCAGUGAGAACCCCCCCAGUGGUACCGACCACACAGACAUAGCUAAUAUCAAUCCUGUUAUAGAAAUGACUUGAUUUUCUGGGGUGACUAAGCUAUCCAGUCCGAACAGGCCAGAGGUUGGGGCUUAAAGUGGGUUAGAUUUAGCUACUCUGGGCUUGGGGGUAGGGCAGGCCAGAUAGCUUAGGCCAUUCUGGGAUGAGAGGGUCAUGUCUACCUCUCUUCUUUCAAGUCUUUCAACCAUUUUCUUUUCUCUCAUGGGUCAGGCCCAUGGUUCAUUGCCCUUCACUUAGUAAGGGAUGGUUUACUUUUUCUUUUGAUAUUUUUUGAUCCCUUAUCCAGGCCUUAGUUUACCCACCACUCAGGAGGGACUUUUUGCUAAUGUCCUGGAUCUCGUUUGUUGUUGUUUGAAACCCAAACCCUGUAACAUUAAAAAGUACAUAUAACCCUGGAGAAAUUCCAGGAGAUCUGUUCAGAAACUCUUAAUAAAUGUUUGUUGAUAUGC